AACAAAGUAUAUUUAUAUUUAUUUACUAAAAACUUAAAAAUCAGCAAUCAAGAUAUUGCAAUAAUCUUUCAAUAUGAUAACAUAAUAUCAAUAUUCAUUUCGUAUUUUUACAUUAACCAAAACUCUAUAGACAUGUUUCACAAGGCAGAGAAUUCUAAAGGGAACUUUUUAGAGCAAACCAAGGCAGCCAGAGAAGAAAGAGCUUUAGAGAAAAAACGAGAAGCUGCUGCAAAAAUAAUCCAAGCUCAUGUAAGAGGAUGGUUAUGUAGAAUUCGAUUUACCAGGAAUAUUUUGCAAGACUUUGAUGAAGCUAUUCCACAUACACCAGAAGAUGUUUCCAAAAUUCAGUACAAACCUGCAAAUGAAAUAUUUCACCAUGCCCUUAAACUCUUAUUCGUUUGGAAAAAAGAAAGAGACAAAGAGAGAUUUGCUAAACUAUGCCGAUACUUAGUCGCCACUCUCAACAGUGAUUCACUAAAAAUUAGCUACGUAGGAGUUGCAUUUAACAAGCAAACAGUGAUACGGUGGAUAUCUCACAUGAAUGAGAUUUUAUGGAACUGUUGUGGAUAUUUAAAUGAUCUCAAACCCGAAUUGUCGGGCGAUAUGAAAAGUAUUGUAAUGUAUUUACAUUUAUUAGUUUCUUUUACAAGCACUAACACUUGGGUAGUUCUAAAAAAUAAGAAUAUGGAGAUGUUUUGGUCUGGAAUGAAUCAGCUAUGUGCCAACUUAAUGGGACAGCUCUUCCACAAAGGGUUUUAUCUGGUAUUAAAGAAUCUACUUUUGAGGGGUCUAGCCAGAACAAAGAUAUCAUUUAAACAUGUAUCUUUAUCAGCAAUACUGACUCUUUCUUUGAGACCGUUAGUUGCAGCCAACUAUUCAGACAAACUAAUGACGAUAUUUUUGAUAAAUAUUUUUUCUGUUCCUGGUUUGGUGAAACAUCUUCAGAACUUGUCGUCAGAGUGCAUAUCUACACUAGGCAACCACAAGAUAUUUCCAAGGAGUUUGGAAUUACUUUCUAGUCAGCAAUCUAUGAGAAUAGUUUUUAAUACUUUAGAAGGAAGCUAUGCAUUAUGUUUACUGGCAAAUUUAAUCCAGAUGGCAUACAUAGAAAGAAAUAGUACCCUAAGGGAAUUGUGUUUUCCAACAUUUACAGUUGUUGUUACUGGAUUAUUGGAAAGCUGCCAGAACUAUGUAGUUAGCAAACAAUCUACACUAACUCAUUGGCAUCCUGUGUUAGGGUGGUUUGCGCAGCCUAUGGACAUGUUUUUGCUCACAGCUAUACCUCAUGUCAAAGAGCAAUUGCAUUACCUGUGGAACACCGAGAUAAUCCAAAUACUUCUUGGUGAUCCGUUGUCAACAUUAGUCGCUGAUACAGAGCCUCCCGUGCAGAUUAUGAGCCCUACCCAGAUGAGUGUAGGCGGAACAAGUUUUUUUAAAAAAGUAUUAGAGAGCAAAGGUACGAAGCCAGCGAUUCAGAAAACCUACAGAGCUUUGGGCAGUCCCGAAGUCCACAGGAUCGUGUUGAUAUGUUCGCUGUAUCAUACCGCACUGAACACUCUAACGCAGCUGCAACUCGAUAUUUUAACGGGUUUAUGCUAUCAGAACACAGUACUCUACAAUUUAUGGUUAUUUCUCUGUUCGCUGGGUCCAAAUUGUGGAAUAAAACCUUUUCUGGAUCAUUUAGCGUUUAACACCAAAUGCUCCGCACCAGAAUUUCAGUUACUGCAACUAUUUUCGGACUGUAUGCUACACUACGUCACGAUAUUGGACGAUAUGGAAAUGUACGAACAACAAAAUCCGUUUAGACUCUCAGAUUUCAUCGUCAUGUCUAACUUCCUCAAUAUAUUUUUGUACAAGGCGGUAUUGGGUAAUUUAUUUGAUUUUAAAACGAUACACAACAACUCCCUGUUUAGCUCUCUGCACGCAAUCCUAAUGUUGUUGUAUAAAAGAGAUUGCAGAAGAAGCUAUACUCCAUCAGGUCAUUGGUUGAUCAAGGAUAUUAAGGUCUCCGUCUUCAUAGCCGACUUGGAGAAAGGGCGUCGAGCUCCGCAACUGCUGCUACAGACCAUGCCUCAUGUGAUUCCCCAUGAUGAUAGAGUUAGACUUUUUAGGAAAUAUAUUACUAACGAAAAAACCGUACUGGGUUUGACGGAGUCUGUCUGCGCGUCACCUCAAUCUACGCUUAUUACCGUUCACAGGAACCGAAUUGUAGAAGAUGGUUAUAGACAACUGGCUAUGUUACCUUCUCAAUCCUUAAAGGGGGUAAUAAGAGUGAGAUUUAUAAACGAACAAGGCCUUGACGAAGCAGGUAUAGAUCAAGACGGAGUUUUCAAAGAGUUUCUAGAAGAAAGUAUCAAAAAGGUAUUCGAUCCUUCGCUGAAUCUUUUUAAAGCGACUAGCGAAGAACGUUUAUAUCCAUCACCUACGUCUGCAGUACAGGAUAAUCAUCUGCAGCUGUUCGAGUUUGUUGGACGAAUGUUAGGUAAGGCCGUCUACGAAGGCAUUGUAGUUGACGUUCCUUUUGCCUCGUUUUUCUUAAGCCAAAUAUCAGGACAGACUACGCAACUGUUGUAUAGUUGCGUUGAUGAGUUACCAUCGUUAGAUCCGGAACUAUACAGGAGUCUAAAUUACGUCAAACAUUACAAGGGUGACGUAUCCGAACUUGAUUUGACCUUCAGCGUUGACGAGGACAGUAUGGGAAAAAUUGUUACCCACGAAUUAGUACCAGGUGGAAAGGCCGUACAAGUUACCAACGAAAAUAAGGUUCAACAGUCGCAGUUAGAGUAAAUGGAGAACUGGCUUCCCCUAUUUGACAUCCAUGUCGGUAUGAGAAGGGAGACCCACUAUCAACCAUGUUGUUCAACCUAGUUCUGAAACAAAAACGAAGUACAUUGAAUUAAAGAUUGAUGACAUCGAAGUUAUUGGAAAGAAGAACCAAAAUGUAUAUCUACAGAACAUUGAUUAGACCCAUAGUAACCUAUGGUUGUGAAAGCUGGAUAAUGACAAAAAAGAUGAAGUCACAACGGCAACAGGUGUAUGUUCUCAAAAACCGAUAGUGUGUAAAAAAUAUUUAUUAAAAUCAGCUGUUGGACAUUACAGAAUUCACGUUACAAUGUGGUAGCUAUAUUGUCUCUAAGUACAUCGAUGUGCUAUUUAAUAUUUGUAAGGGUUUUCACCCUAGAUCAGAGGCCUAGCCAUGUAUCAAUUUAAUUUUAAUACGUUGUUUGUCAACAAUUACUCUUCUAUCAGGUUUUUAUACCUAUAAAACGAAGCUCUGAUGAUGGCAUUUGCAAUGCCGAAGACAUAUCUAUCAGUUUGCUAUCUACAUUGCUAUCAGUUUUUGAGAACAUACACCUGUUCCCGUUUUGACUUAUAAAGAAGUUUGUACGAGUCAUACAGUAUUUUUCUAUUUAAAAAAGAUGAAGCCCAACUUAGAACAUUCGAAAGAAAGAUAGUGAGAAAAGUAUCUGGCCCGGUGCAAGAGAAAGACACAUGGAGAAUCAGAAGAAACUAUAAGGUUAAUGAAUAAAGAGAUAUUGAAAUAUUUGUGAAAAAUCAAAGACUGUCAUGGCUGGGACAUGGCCAGAAAUAAGAAGAUGUAAAGGGAGCAAAGAGGAUAUUUCUUACA